CUUGCCGAUGUAGGUGGCUACAACUACGGAGCCGGCCUGAGUGGCUCGUCUGGCGGCUCUAAUGGAGGUUCUAACUCUGGUGGAUCUCUGUCUAGCGGCUCAAUCUCUGGCGGUUCAUACUCUGGCGGCUCCAGUGGCUCCCUUUCUGGGGGUUCUAUUUCCGGCGCUACUCUGUCUGGCGGAUCGCUUGGCUCUUCCGUGGGCUACUCCAAUGACUAUGCCCCCGUCAACACCGAUUUUAACAAGGAGUUCUUCACCUACAGCGCCCCAGAGGCCGACUUCGAGGACAACAAAAGCGUUAGUGACCUGGCCGCUUCGCUGAAGAAGAACCUGCGCGUGGUCUUCAUCCGUGCCCCCGAGAACAAGGGCCUGGAGAACGCCGCCCUGGCUCUGGCCAAGCAGGCUGCAGAGCAGCAGACCGCCAUCUACGUGCUGACCAAGCAGGGUGACCUCUCCAGCCUAGCCAACCAGCUGCAGAACCUGAACCAUGUGAGUGCCAGCAAGCCCGAGGUGCACUUUGUCAAGUACCGCACGCCGGAGGACGCUCUGAAUGCCCAGCGUACCAUCCAGCAGGAGUAUGAGCGCCUGGGUGGCUCCUCUGCCUCUCACAAUGGAGGAGUUGCUCCAGUCCUGGACUUCACCUCCAAGCGCCAGCAACAGUUCCAACAGCAACAGCAACAGCAACAGCAAGUGCAGCUGGUGGAUGAGCGUCGGGCCUCCAACAUCAAUGUGGCGUCGACUGGCAGUGUGUCGAACAUUGGCGUUGAGCUGGAGGCCCCCUCCACUUCCUACAUCCCACCCACGGCCCAGGCCGCCCCUGUGGCCACUUACUUGCCUGUGAACAAGGUCAAAUAGUUGGUCGAAGUCUAGCCUUAUUAACAAAUUAACCAAAUUGUGGAGUACCCUCCUUCAACCUCAUUCGUUAUAAAAUAGAAAUUUAAUUUUAAUGUG